UGUUAGUUCGUGGAAAGAGCCCUAUUUGCUAAGCUGUCAAAGAAAUAUGGAAAAGCAAUUUUCACAAAGCCCAAAGUUUCCAUACUCAGCUGCAGCACCUAAAAACCAGUUCAGAUCUCCAUUUCCUCCUAGUUAUCCCUUCAAUCAACUAAAAAAGGCUAUACUGCAAAGAAACACACAAAAGAGAGAAUGGCAGAGACUGCUGUGUUCAAUCUAUUAGCCAAAUUUUCACUCUUCUUUCAGCGAGAGGUGAAUUUGUUGAGCGGAGUUCGGGAAGAGAUCGAGUAUAUCAGGGAUGAAUUCGAGCGCAUGAUGGCUUUCCUCAGAGUUGCUGACUCUAUGGAAGAAAAUGACCCGGAACUCAAAGUUUGGGUCAAACAAGUUCGAGAUGCUGCAUAUGACACUGAAGAUGUUCUUGACAAAUUCAAGCUUAACUUCGCACGUAAUCAUGGCACUGGAUUCUGUGGUUUUGUUCGUAAGAUUUCUUUCUCCGUGAUGACUUUAAAAGCUCGCUACCAAAUUGCUUAUGAAGUGCAAAGAAUCAAGAACAGGGUCAUCAAUAUUUCCAUGGGACAUCAGAGGUACCAUGAUAGAUAUGGUAUACUAGAGCAAGGUUCAAGGUCCAUUGGUGUUAACAACGCAUGGUACGAUUGUCGUGGAGAUGCGCUUCUACUUGAAGAAGCUGAGCUUGUGGGCAUCGAGAAGCCCAAAACAAAACUGAUUGGGUGGUUGAUGGAGGGAGAUCCUAGACUCAAGGUGAUUUCGGUAGUGGGAAUGGGAGGAUUAGGCAAAACCACUCUCGUCAAAAAGGUCUACGAUGAUGCAGCAAUAAAGAAGCAUUUCCAGAUUCGGGCUUGGAUCACAGUUUCAGAAUCAUUCAAGAUUGAAGAGCUCUUAAAAAGCAUGAUUCACUGGCUCUUUAAAGAAGUCAAGCAACCAGUCCCACAAGGAGUGGAAACCAUGGAUUGGAACAGCCUAAAAGGAAUAAUAAAUGCCUUUCUACGUCAAAAGAGGUAUGUGCUUGUUUUUGAUGAUGUAUGGGAUAUUCAAGCAUGGCAAGUUUUUAGAUAUACAUUCCCUGAGUGCAACUGUGGAAGCCGAGUAAUGCUUACAACAAGAAAUGCUGAUUUAGCCUUAUUCUCUACUAGAGAAUAUAAUGGCUAUGUCUAUGAUCUCCAGCCCCUGUCUCCCCAAGAGUCCUGGGCCUUGUUUUGCAAAAAGACGUUUCAGGAGAACUAUUGCCCCUCACAUUUGGAAGGUCUUUUAACAAGCAUCUUGAGAAGAUGCGAGGGAUUGCCGCUUGCAAUAGUGGCUAUCAGUGGUCUUUUAUCGGUGAAGGACAAGAGCAGCGUAGCAGAGUGGGAGAAGACCUAUCAAAGCCUUGGUGCUGAACUAGAAGUAAAUAACCAACUCUUGAGCAUGAAGAAAAUAUUGUCACUCAGUUACAGUGAUUUGCCUCACUAUCUAAAGCUUUGUUUUCUGUACUUGAGUGUUUUUCCAGAGGACCAUCUAAUUGAACAUUGGAGAUUAAUUUGGUUGUGGAUAGCAGAAGGAUUUGUAGAAGUAAAAGAAGGAGCACCUAUAGAACAAGUUGCGGAGGGUUACCUCAAUGAGCUCGUCAAUAGAAGCUUGAUUCAAGUGGCGAAGAUAAAUGGUAAAAGGAGGAUUAAAUUAUAUCGCAUCCAUGACCUUUGGCGUGAAAUUAUUGUCUUCAAGUCAAGAGAGCAAAACAUUGUGACAAUAGCCAGUGAACGAGACACGAGGUGGCCUGAAAGAGUCCGACGCUUGUCAAUCCAUGAUCAUUUGGAACAUUUACAACAAAGCAAGCGUUUCAUUCAGCUACGUUCUUUGCUCCUAUUUAGCGCUACAUAUUCACCAAGCAUGUCGUCCAUGCUUGCAUCAUUAAGAGAUCUAAAGCUGCUGAAGGUGUUGGAUCUGAGUGGUGCCUCAUUAAAGAUUUUCCCGAAUGAAGUUGUCAAACUAGGCCAUCUCACGUAUCUAAGUUUAAAGGGAACUGAGGUAAAAAAACUUCCAAAGUCAAUAGGAAGGCUCAAGAACCUGGAAAUCUUGGACCUUAGACACACCUACGUCACUGAGUUGCCUGAUGAGAUCCUAAAUCUCCAAAGAUUGCGCCAUCUCUUGGCGUUUCGAUAUGAAGAAAAACGUAAUUAUUAUUCUUUUAAUAAUGAGUGUGGGUUCAAAUCCCCGGUUGAAAUAGGAAGUUUGACCUCCUUGCAGAAACUCGGUUCAAUUGAAGCAAACCACGGCAGUGGCAGCAUUGUACCAAGAGAGAUAGGGAAGCUGACCCAACUGAAGUCAUUAGGCAUUAUAAAGGUAAGAGGUGAAGAUGGUAUGGCACUAUGCUCAUCCCUUGAGAAGCUAAUCAACCUUUAUGCAUUGUAUGUUACUGCAACAGAAGAAGACGAGAUCAUUGAUCUAGAAUCUCUAUCUUCGCCUCCUCGACUUCUCCAAACACUAUUCCUAAAGGGACAUUUAGAGAAGUUACCACAUUGGAUACCUUCUCUUCAUAGCCUAGUGACAGUGUGUUUACGGUGGAGCAAGUUAAAAGAUGCUGAUCCACUGCAAUAUCUUCAAGGUUUACCCAAUCUGGUUUAUCUUGAUCUUGUUGAGGCAUAUGAAGGGGAGGAAUUGUGUUUCAAGGCUGGUGGGUUCCAGAAGCUUAAGAUUUUAUUGCUUAUUAGAUUAAAAGGAUUGAGGCGGGUGACAGUGAUGGAAGGUGCGAUGCCUCAUCUUGAAGAGCUAUACAUUGAGAAUUGCAAAUUGAUGGAGGAGUUGCCCUCAUGCAUUGAACAGCUAAUCAACCUUACAUUGCUUGACUUAUUUGAUAUGUCUGAUCUAUUGCUUUCCAAGUUGAAUAGAGACCUGCCAGGUGGGGAUUACUGGAGAAUAUCUCACAUCCCUGAAGUUUGGAUUGGGGACACAAAAGAUGGGCGCUGGAGAGGAACUAAUAUGUAGAGGGAGAGAGAAAAAGAAAGUUUCUAACAGAAAAAGAUGACAGCAGAAAGCCUGAAAACCCUUCAAUCUUGUAACAGUUCUGUCAUCUAGCCCUUCAAUUAGGAGGGAGGUCAGUGACUACACAAGGUGGGCUGCUAUUGUCUCAGCAUUCCAGCUCCCUACACUAGUGUCUCCAAUUGCUUUCCUUUUGGCGGGUUCUAGAUGAAGGGGAUUGGAUGCUUGACAUGGGAUUUGAGCCAGAAGCUUGUUCUAUAUUGAGCCAAACAUGUUCUGCUCGUCAAAUGGUUAUGUUUAGUGCUACAUGGCCUCCAGCUGUUCAUCAAUUAGCUCAAGAAUUCAUGGAUCCCAAUACAGUUAAGGUGGUUUUAGGUUCAGAGGAUUUAGCUGCCAACCAUGAUGUCAUGCAGAUAGUAGAGGUCUUGGAUGAUCGAGCACAUGAUGACCGUUUGGUUUCUUUGUUAGAGAAAUAGCGUAAAUCACAAAGGAUCGGGUAUCCAAGAGGCAGAUUGGGAUCGGGCGUAGAGUUGGAGAACUAUAUAUCUUGGACAACUUGCAUGUUCCUCCAGAAGUGUCUUCUACUGCAUUGUCUUCUUUUUGUUUAAACAAUAAGUCUUCUUUAUUUUAUAUUUGGCAUUCUAGGUUAGGUUAUCUGUCGAAUCAUCGUUUGAGGAUGUUAGUUUGGUCUGGACAUUUAGGCAAUUUUUCCAUUGAUGAUAUUUCUGAAUGUCGUGAUUGUAAACUGACUAAAAUGUUUGCUUUUCCUUUUAAAAAAAGUGGUUGUAUUUCAUCUUCUCUUUUUCAAUUGGUUCAUAUUAAUGUUUGGGGUCCUUCCCCUAUAGUUACCAAGGGUGGUUCUCAAUAUUAUGUGUCUUUUGUGGAUGAUCACAGUUGGUUUAACUGGGUUUAUUUGAUGACUUGAAAAUAUGAUUUUUACAAAAUAUAUUCUAAUUUUCACUCUAUGAUUCGCACUCAGUUUUCCGCCACCAUUAAAGUUCUUCGUUCUGAUUUAGGGGGAUAUAUUCUAAUUUUCACUCCAUGAUUCGCACUCAGUUUUCCGCCACCAUUAAAGUUCUUCGUUCUGAUUUAGGGGGUGAGUAUUACUUGUCUGAGUUUGAGGAGUGUUUAGCUACUCCUGACACUAUUCAUCAGUCUUCGUGUUUUGACACUCUUGCCCAAAAUGGUCGAGCUAAGCGCAAACAUCGCCAUCUCCUUGAUACAGCUCGCUUGUUGUUGCUCUCGUCUUUUGUUCUGUCUGUUUUUUGGGGAGAAGCUGUGCUCCCUGCUGCAUAUCUUCUCAAUCGAAUGCCUAUAUGAGCGUCUUUUUGGUGUUACUCUCAAUUAUUCUCUUCUUCGUAUUUUUGGUUCUGUAUGCUUUGUGCUUCUUCCUAAAUGAGCGCGCUCUAAGCUUAGUUCUCGUUGUGUCCUAUGUGUCUUUUUAGGGUAUGGCAUUAAUCAGAAGAGUUAUUGGUGCUAUGAUCCUGCCACUAAAAAGCUAUAUGUGUCUAAACAUGUCACUUGUUAGAAAAACUACCCUAUUACACUAUACCUUCCACCCCUGUCCCUAUUUCCAAGGAUGAAUUGGUUCGCAUUGACCUAUUUUCUCCUGAUGUUUCUCCCAAUGAGUUUGUUUUUGAUCUUGAGGUCUCUACUUUGCCUCUUACUAGCACUCCUGACAUCUUGCCAGCUAUUUCCUCUCCAGCUCCCGUUUCCCCUGCUCCUCUUCUUGUUUAUUAGCGCCACAAAGCACUUCCGAGCUCGCCUGUCUCUAGCUCUACUGUCCUUCCAGCUGUUUCUUUGGAUCCUGCUCCUCCUGCACAUCACUUUCCAAACCGAGACUGUCAUCCUCCAAACAGGUAUGGUUUUGGUAGUACAUGUUUUUCCCUUUCCUAUCAGUCUUUUCUUUCUUGUCUUCAUACUUAUUUUGAGCCUAGGUCCUAAAAGGAAGCUUGUCAUGAUUCCAAUUAGAUUGCUGCCAUGAAUGGCGAGUUAACUGCUUUGGCUAACACUUAGACAUGAGAUUUUGUUUCAUUACCUGCUGGCAAGAAUGUUAUAGGCUGUAAAGGGGUCUAUAAGGUCAAAACCCUUUCUGAUGGUUCUUUGGAAUGGUACAAGCUUAUUUGGUUGCCCAAGGCUUUUCUUAGGAGUAUAGGAUUGAUUAUGAUGAGACUUUGCUCCCAUUGCCAAGAUGACUACUGUUCGCACUCUUAUCUCUGUUGCUGCUGCCCAUCACUAGCCUUUGUUUCAACUAGAUGUCAAAAAUACUUUUCUGAAUGGGCAUCUUGCUGAAGAAGUGUAUAUGCGCCCUCCAUCGGGUCUCUCUCACCCUCCUGGUGUUGUUUGUCAUCUUCGCCGUGCUCUAUAUGGUCUCAAGCAGUCUCCUCGUGCUUGGUAUGAGCGAUUUCACUCUGUUGCACUUUAGCUUGGUUUUCACCCUAGUCAUCAUGAUUGUGCUCUCUUUGUUCGGUGCACUUCUGUUGGCCUUGUUCUCCUUCUCUUAUAUGUGGAUGAUAUGAUCAUCACUGGUUUUGAUUAUAGUACUAUUGAGGAGGUUAAGCAUCAGUUGUUUAAGGAGUUCGAGAUAAAGGAUUUAAGAUCUCUUCGAUAUUUUCUUGGUAUUGAGGUUGUUACUUCUCCUAGUGGAUAUCUUCUCUUUCAGACUAAGUAUGCCCGCGAUAUUCUUUCUUGUGCCAAUCUCACUGAUGACAAAAUUGUCGACACUCCUCUUGAGUUGCAUGCUAUGUUUUCUGCUUCUGAUGGCAUUCCUCUUGACGAUCCCACUUUGUACCGCGAGUUGGUUGGGUGCCUUGUUUAUCUCACUGUUAUUCGUCCGGAUAUCUUAUAUGUUGUGCAUAUUCUCAGUCAGUUUGUUUCUGCUCCUCGUUCCACACAUUAAGCUGCCUUACUCCGUACUCUGCACUACCUUCGUGGCACUUUGCUGCAAUGUUUGCUGUUAUCUGCCUCUUUGGACUUGACUCUCCGUGCCUAUGCUAACGCUGAUUGGGCAAGUGACAUCUCUGAUCACAAAUUCACUUCACACUGUUGCUCAUUUUCGUUUUCUUCUUGGCAAACUUUCGUUACUUUCUGGGCUCGCAUCCUCAGUUUGAGGGGGUGUGUGAAUUAUGUAGUUUAUAUUAUUCAUUAAGGAUAGUAUAGUCCUUUAGGUUGUUAGGGUUUGAUUAGGGUUUGACUCUAUUAGAUUAUAUAUUUGUAUUUGUUUGAUUGAUCAUUCAACAAUAAUACUGACAAGUUUGUUAUCAAAUGUAUCUUUAUUAUGCUGUGCAUGUUUAAUAGCUCUCAAAAUGGAAAAACUCUUGAAUGGUUUUCAUUCUCGGUAUCAGUCCUGCUGAUACAGUUUAUUAUGCUGGUCUUACUUGGAGCAGGAAUAGAGUACUGGUCUUUGUUUUGUACAAGAAGGAAAGCCCGUGUUGAAACUAUGCUUUAGAAAAGGGUUUGGAGAAGUAGUUUCUAUCCAUGGUGACAAAGCACAACAUGCACGUACAAAGGCAAUAUCACUAUUCAAGGAGGGAAGCUGUCCUUUAAUGGUAUGCGGUUGUUUGAAAAUAGCCACUGAUGUGGCUGCCCGAGGAUUGGAUAUUCCUGAUGUUGAAGUAGUGAUAAAUUAUAGUUUUCCUCUCACAACAGAGGAUUAUAUCCACAGAACAGGCAGGACUGGACGAGCUGGUAAGAAGGGUGUUGCCCACACAUUUUUCAUGAAGGAAAACAAGGGAUUAGCUGGGGAGCUGGUUAAUGUUAUGAGAGAAGCUGGGCGAACCGUUGGCACUCAUAGUCUAAGCUUUAUGGGGCUCAUUUUAAGGAGAUUGCUGCUAAUGCUCCAAAAGCUACAAAAAUAACAUUUGACAGUUCUGAUGAUGAAACUUGACUCUAAAGUUGACUCACAAGUUGAUUGUCUUGGGCCUGCAGCAAACAUGUUUAGUGGAUAUUGUUUACCAAAUUAUGGUAAAUAUAUAUUUUUUUCCAAUGCAGACGAAAUCACCCUUUUAAACUUCGUGGGUUAGUAUAUGCUAACAUGACAAGCACAGAGGCAAAUGUGAUCUUGAAUGUCGAGCAAGAUGAUUGAGGUUAUGCUCUAUAUUUUGUAGCGUUAAAUUUUGUAUUUGUUCUCUCCCUCACUCUCACACAGAUUAUCCGACUAUGAUGGUCACUAAACUUGUGCGAAACCUCAUUUUCAUUUUACUUUGUAUUUUUGAUGAAGUCCAAGAAUGUGACGUGUGUUGAUAAAUUAUUGAGGUAAAAGGUCAACAGAAUGUUUCUUUUUAGUGUAAUAUAUAAGUAUUGAUUAUUUGAAGUUCAUGUA